UGGACAUCCUCUACAUUGACAUCACACGUCGCUGGUCAGGAACGAUGCCUGAUUCUAGAGAAGCAGGCAUGGGACUACAAGCAUUUGUGGAAGCUUUUUUCUACCUGGCAGGUCGCAGGUUCAAAUCCCUGUCGCUGAGGGAGCAAGUAGUGUCAUUGCUGGAGCUGUGCGAGGCUCAGCUCGAGUCCCAGUCAGGCAUGGAAGAGAGACGCUCAGUGAGCUGCAGCAGGGCGAUGCCACGAGCCAUCAAGACUCAGACGCUGGGCUUGGCCAACCCUCAGCUCAACUCUCCGGCUCCCCUACGAAGAGCAUCCAGCCAGGACCACCGUCUGCAUCAGAGACUCAAGCCUCGCACACUCAGGGCCAACGUGGAGAACUGACGACAGAGGGCUCCAACCAGGCAUCCAACUCCAAAAACACUGCCUUUAGCCUUCUCCACAGGAGCAGGGGAAUUAGGUGUCACUCUCUUUUCUGCGGCUCCCGUACGGGGAGGGGGGGUGAUGGGAGCUGAGAGAAGGACUUGCUUGACCCCUGCUGGCAAACUUUCAGGAGAACUGUUCUCAGCCUGAUUGCUUUUUCCUCAGAAGAGGAGGAUGUCCGCAGGGGGGUUCGGGGAAGAAAUAGAACACGGAAUAUGAGAAGUGCAUUUCUUCCUCCCCUCCUGGUGUGGUCAUAUGAACAGUGUGGUCCCGUCAGAAGAAGACAUGGCUGCUUUUAAUAUAUGUACUGAUUCUACAGGGCAGCUAUUUGCUUCCCUUCAACUUUUUGUGACAACAGCUACACUGAAACUUUUCAGGGAUAACAUUAGAUGCUUUGGCCUCACAUUCAAUGCAGUUACACAGAAAUAAGCGAGUGUAAGGGAGUGUCCUUGGUGUGUAUUAUAUUCUUGAAUUUGCACAACUAUUAAAUUUGCACAGACAUGGAUGUGAGGGGUGACUGGGCAUAUUGUGUAUGUUUGAGUGCGAGUGUGUGUGCACUGUACCGUGUUUAUUUGUGUUUAGCUCAAUGGUGAAAGCCUAUUUGCAGCCAGUGGCUCAGCUGUGCGUCCCAAGCCCAUUAGUGAUGAGUUAAGUGAAUAAGUAUUCAAAGGGAAAAGGCCACGCCGCCAUUUAUCCUCUUUCAGUUCAGCAGCUAUUCCAGUCAGGCAGCCCUCAGACCUCCGGCGAACACAAUUUUAGGAUGAUUACUCUGUAGCCACACAACUGCCAUUUUGAAUUAAUUAUUACUGAAGUAAUUGCAUGGCACACAAUUUCACAUUUCGUUCAGACGCAUUGUUUCUUAAAUGUGAUUCAGAUAGUUUUUGUUGUAGAACCUCAUCCAAUGUGUGAUGUGGCAACACACAAAAUGCCACUGGUGGAUGCCAACUAGAAAAACUGUAGAUUGUCGCUCUUAUUUCAAAUUAUUUACACUGCAGUACAGCUGAACAAUAAUAUUUGAAUUGUCUGUUUGCAUCUUUUACACCAAAAUUAUUACGGAAUUCGUCACAUUCAAGAACGGAGUGUGAAUUGUUACACAAAAGAACAAUCAAACUUAUUACUUUCACUGCUGUGAUGUGGGCAGCUGUUUAACAGACAUUUCUGCUAUUGGUACUAAAGUACUAACAUAUAUGAGGUUAGAUUUAUGAGGUUAUUUAUAGUGAUCUGUCAACAGAGUGAAAUG